UGGAUAUUGGAGCUUGGCGGCGCACACGGCUGCAGAAAUAAAGGGGGUACGGAGGCAUAAGGGAGGCGGUGGUAAUCGCAAAGGAUUCAUUGCAGCGAGGCAGGGACAUGAACAUAAACUUGGCACCAUGUGCUUUCAGACAUUAAUGGUGGAUUUCUGAUCCAUGGCGCUGAUUUAUCCCGAGGCACCGACAAGGUGAUGCGGCAGCGGCAGGACGGGAUCGGUCCGCUUCACGACUGUCAGCUACAUGCCUUCACUGGAGGAAAAAAAGGCGCAGCACACGUCCAGCACAGGCCGGCUUAAAUUUUUUGUUAAAACAAGGCAGUAUGUAGAGAUGACCACCCGCUUCAACGUUUCGAUACACCACGGCUUACUUUUAUUAUUGGAUAGGCUUGUCAGUUUGGCUCGUUUGAGAGACGCUGCCACGGCAUCAAGUGGAUCAGGCCUGUACUGAAACACCGUCUGUUCACUCCGCGAUAUUUACCGUUUCAAACGCAUAAUGUCACGGGGGAACUUUGUUGAUCCCUUCUAUUAACAACAAAGCGUAACGGAAGCUUCGAAUGCUUUCACAUUAAUUACACAUUGCUCUGUAUGUGGUCGCGGUAUGUUUAGUAGCUUGUGAUAGCUGUUUUUGGACCGAUAACAUUUUAUUUUUAAUUGCAUUAAUUACAUAAUUAAUAAGCCUAACUGAGGGCGGAGUCGCCGUUUAUCUUGCAGAUAAACGACUCGACCCAACGCGCCUGGACAUCAAGAAGCACUUGGAUCAAAGCGAGGAUCAUGGAUCAGAAUGAUAAAGACCCUCACGAGUAAGAGGAAUCAGUUCUUCGGAUGAACAGGACCGCUUCCCUUUCUAAGAGAGAAACGGACAUCAGGCAGUAAAGCUCGCAUUCGCCACAAUGAGAUAAUAGUGUGGCUUAUACAAAACAACCUUGAGCCUUAUCCCACCAUAUUCCAGUUCAUUAGCAAAAUAUGACCACGCCAGCUCUUUUACCACUCUUGGGACGUAGGAUACCUACCCUUUCACCAGGUGCCUCCUCAUUCCCCCACCACAGAGCUACCUUACGGCUCUCGGAGAAGUUCAUACUCCUCCUCAUCCUCAGUGCCUUCAUCACCUUGUGCUUUGGAGCAUUUUUCUUUCUCCCAGACAAUUCCAAACACAAGCGCUUUGACUUUGGUUUGGAGGACGUGUUGAUACCGCACAUUGAGUCGGAGAAGGAGGCGAGGCACGGCAGCAGACAGGUCAUACAUGGUGUGGGAGCACACGAUGAACAUCGGCACAGAUAUAUCACAGUGAGGGACAGGGUGGUGACAGCAACCAGGCAGGAAUUUCAGAUGAGCAGGGAGGAGGAGGAGAGCCUUCGUGACAAGAUCCGGGCAGAUCAUGAGCGGGUGCUACAGGAAGCCAAGGAGAAGCUCCGCAAGUCCAAAGAGGAGCUGAAGGCAGAGAUCCAGACAGAGAAGACCAAGGUGGCUGAGGACCUGAAGAAGAAAGAUGGGCCCAAUCCACUACCUCCAGUACCCAUGCCUAAAGUGGUAGGGGUCAACGAUGGUGACCCAGGGGACCCUGACAUCAAGGAAAAGAGGGACAAAAUCAGAGAGAUGAUGAAACAUGCGUGGGACAGCUACAGGCAAUACGGCUGGGGCCACAACGAGCUCAAACCUAUUGCCAAGAAAGGACAUUCCACCAAUAUCUUUGGUAAUUCCCAGAUGGGGGCUACUAUAGUAGAUGCCCUGGACACCCUCUAUAUAAUGGAUCUGCAUGAGGAGUUUAAGGAUGGCCAGGAGUGGAUCGAACAAAAUCUGGAUUUCAGCGUGAAUGCAGAAGUAUCUGUCUUUGAGGUGAACAUCCGGUUCAUUGGAGGGCUUCUGGCUGCUUACUACCUCUCUGGACAGGAGGUUUUUAAGUUGAAGGCUGUCCAGCUGGCAGAAAAGCUGCUUCCUGCCUUCAACACCCCAACAGGCAUCCCUUGGGCCAUGGUCAACCUGAAAAGUGGAGUGGGGCGUAACUGGGGCUGGGCAUCAGCUGGUAGCAGUAUUCUGGCAGAGUUCGGGACGCUGCACAUGGAGUUUGUGCACCUGACAUAUCUGACAGGAAAACCUGCCUACUAUCAGAAGGUGAUGCACAUACGGAAACUGCUGGCUAAAAUGGAUAGACCCAACGGGCUCUACCCAAAUUACCUGAACCCUCGGACAGGACGCUGGGGUCAGCAUCACACCUCUGUGGGUGGCUUGGGCGAUAGUUUCUAUGAAUACCUGUUGAAGGCCUGGCUCAUGUCAGACAAAACCGACACAGAGGCGCGCAAGACCUACGACGAUGCCAUAGAGGCUAUUGAGCGCCACCUCAUCCGUAAGUCCAACGGCGGUCUUACUUACAUCGGGGAGUGGAAAAAUGGCCACUUGGAGCGUAAAAUGGGUCACCUGACUUGUUUUGCUGGGGGCAUGUUUGCCCUGGGGGCUGAUGGGUCACCGGAAGAUAAGGCUGGACACUAUUUGCAGCUUGGAGCAGAAAUCGCCCACACCUGCCAUGAAAGCUACGAUCGCACCGUGCUGAAGCUCGGUCCAGAGGCCUUUAAGUUUGACAGCGGUCUGGAGGCAGUUGCUGUGAGACAGAACGAAAAGUACUACAUCCUCAGACCAGAGGUCAUUGAGACUUACUGGUACAUGUGGAGGUUCACCCAUGACCCCAAGUACAGGCAAUGGGGCUGGGAGGCAGCACAGGCUAUAGACAAAUACUGCAGAGUAAGUGGAGGAUUCUCUGGUGUUAAAGAUGUCUACUCCUCCAACCCCACCUACGAUGAUGUCCAGCAAAGCUUCUUUCUGGCCGAAACCCUCAAAUAUUUGUAUCUGCUGUUCUCCAGCGAUGAGUUGCUGCCACUUGAGAGCUGGGUCUUCAACACAGAGGCCCACCCUUUGCCUGUCCUACACCUUGGCAACAUCACCCUACCUGGCAGUGAGACCCAGCGGUAGAGUGGACUCACGGGGGGGGGGGGGGGGGCGGGCGGGCGAUCUCCCCCUCACUCACCCCCAUUUUUAUACACCUCCCUCCUUUUGAAAGACUGCAUCUGCCAGUGCAAAGGAGAGGAGAGAUCUUUUCCCACUGGACCACUGUCUCCUCCUGGACUGUGAAUGAUCUGACUGUAGCGAAUGCAGGGGGCGAAGACAGAUUGUGACUGUCUUUACUCAUCUACGUCUUUUAUAUAAUGUCUGAAGGACAGGCUGACAGACCAGCUCACAGAUUGAUCACAUGACUCUCUCCUUGUGACUGUGAGGGCUGGCCUAAGUGUGUGCUGCUUAGUCUAACACAUCUGUGCACACUUCCCUGUCAGAUAAAUAAACAGUAGAGCUGUGAUGCUGUCCAAAGGGACCUUCUAAAAUGGAUGUGGUUUUUCUGUGCGAGGAAGUUGUGGAAUUUGUUUCUUUUUUCCAAUUUGACGCAUUUCAUGUGAUCAACUCAUCAGAAUGGUGAAUAAAUGACUCUCGGGACAGACUGCCUUUUGGAGCCCCUCAAGCUCUGUGCUGCAACUGCAGUGCGGCAGGUUUCUGGGGAGUUGGGGGGGGGGGGUUGCACACAGAUGUUGGAUGUUGACCUCCUGUGAAAUCUCUCUCCAGCUGAGGCUGAAUUUAGGCCAGAGGCACCUAGGGAUGUUUUCCUCUCCUCUCAUACCAGGAUUUCUGUGUGUGCUUUUCAAAUAGUCAUUUGUCUCUUAAUAAUCUGAUCCAUGUUUCGGUCAUAUUGCAGUGCUUUCGGUUUGUCGAUGUUAGUGGGUAAAACAGCCCUCUGAUUAUUCAUGUACAUUUGCUGCUUUGAACAAUUGCUGCCUGUGAAAGACCUGCGCUCCAUCUCUCUCCAUUCCCACCAUUAUUUUUAUCCCUUGUGAAUUAAAGGGAUAGUUCACUCAAAAAUGAAAAAUCUCUCAUCAUUUACUCAUGCCAUCCCAGAUGUGUAUGACUUUCUUGUUUCUGCAGAACACAAAUUAAGAUUUCUAGAAGAAUAUCUUAGCUCUGUAGGUCCAUACAAUACAUUGGAUGGUGGCCUGAACUUUGAAGCUCCAAAAAGCACAUAAAGACAGCAAAAAAGUAAUCCAUAUGACUCCAGUGGUUUAAACACUGUCAUCUAAAGCGAUCCAAUCAGUUUUGGGUGAGAACAGACCAAACUGUAAUUCCUUUUUCACAAUAAAUCUGGACCGCAGUCUUCUUGGUGAUCAUGAUUUCAAGCUCAAUUACACUUCCUAUAGUGCCUUCUAGCACUCUGCGCAUGCGUCAAGCACUAGGAAGUGUAAUCGAGCUUGAUAUCAUGAUCUGUAAUGGCAGGAUGUACAGUGAAAAAGGAGUUAUAUUUUGGUUUGUUCUCACCCAAAACUGAUUGGAUUGCUUAAAACGUGGAUUAAACCACUGGAGUCUUAUGGAUUACUUUUAUGAUGCCUUGUGAUAUUUGGACCUUCAAAGUUCUAGCCACCAUUCACUUGCAUUGUAUGGACCUACAGAGCUGAAAUAUUCUAUUUUAAAUCUUUAUUUGUGUUCUGUAGAAGAAAAAUGUCAUACGCAUCUGGCAUGAGGUUGAGUAAAUGAUGAGAGAAUUUGAAAUUUGGGGUGAACUAUUUCUUUAAAGGAAUUCAUUGGGCACUGGUUUGAAACAACAUGAAUGGGUUGGAGUUUGGUUUGCCACACAAUGAAUCAAUAACAUUUGAAGCAGGAGUAGUUUUAAGGUAAGUCCUAGUACUAAAUUUAGAUGAUAAUGCUGACUGCUGACACCAUUUGUUUUCAUUUGAUUAGGGAAGACCAAUGUCAUUCAACAACAAUUAUUACUAAUACCAGCCAACACCAGCCAGAUUUUCAUAAAAUACAUUGUCCAUGGCUUCGACUUGAAUCCCCGAUUAAAUAAAAACAAAUCUCUAAACUGAUGUUUGGUGCAAAGUUGCAUACAAUUGUAUAAUAAACUGGUAUGUAUGAAGGAUUUAGACUUCUAAUCUGAGUUUAAAGACUUGCUGAUUUUGUCAUUCUGGUUAUUGGAUGCAUUUUCAUUAAAGUUGAAUGCAGAGGCAUAUGGAUCUCUCUGAAUAAUUCAUUUGUGCUUUAACAUGACUUGCUCUCCUUAAUGUUUUAGUCCUGGGAUUAAUCAUUUGCCCUCACUCACCAGGCUGGAAAUCAUGUGGGUUUUUUUAUUUUCUUUUUUUAAUCUCCCUAAUCUGUAGAAUGGCACACAUCCUCAAACUCUCUGUCAGAGAAGAUUUAAUGUAGUAGACCAGAGGCUAAAAAGCAAACUUUCUGAGCUGAUGUACAUUAGGUCAUGAACAAACUAAAAAAGUUUCAAAAAGACUUUUCUUUCUCUAAGUUUAAGCUCCAUUAACUGGGUGGAUACUGGGUGUAUAUGUGGUGCACUAUGUGAAGGACCUGUUUCUUUCUCCCCCUGAAGCAUCACAUUCUCAUACUGAACCAGUCUGGUAAUGUCCACAAGAGACAUGUCCUCUCCUCCCCUCUAGAUGGCAGCAUUGGUGUCCUGCUUGCACUGUAUGUUUUCAUUGCUUUCCUUUUCUCCCUGGAACAUCACUUUGAGAAAUAGCGAGAGAAGCUCGGGACAACAUUCAUCCCUGUCGUUGCUGGGUGGAUUUUGAAAAAGCUGUGUUCUGCAUUUGUAUUUUUACUGGAAAAAAAUAAUAAUAAUUGUAAAUAUGUUUAAAAUGCCACAGAUUCAAUAAAGAUGCUAAAAAAGUGAACGGA